AUUCCGAGGGCGGACCGCAAACGUGUUUACUUCUCCAGAACCCAUGCUGACCACUCUUGCUUGAUAUAUAUAUAUAGAGAGAAUUCUGGUUGCAUUAGAUGAAUGCUAUGAUCAUCUUGUUGCGACUACGUUGUAUUAGUUAGUUGUUAUUUGCGAGUAUUGCUGUAUUUUAAUCGAGCAUGAAGAUCAAACGACAGAAACAGGCAAAGAAGAACAUCAGCUUCUACAAAUACAACUUCAGUUUUAGGGAACCUUUCCAGAUCCUCGUUGAUGGCACCUUUUGUCAGGCAGCUUUGAAAAACAAGAUUCAAAUCAAGGAGCAAAUGCCCAAAUACCUGAUGGGAGAGGUGCAACUGUGUACAACUAAUUGUGCUCUCAAAGAACUGGAGUCUCUAGGGAAAGAGUUGUACGGAGCUAAACUCAUCCUUCAGCGCUACCAGGUCCGGAAGUGUGCCCAUUUCAAAGACCCUAUACCGGCCUCGGAGUGUCUGCUGUCCAUGCUGGGGAAAACCAAUCCUCACCACUAUUUUAUAGCCACACAGGAUCAUACACUGACCACUAGCCUAAAGGAAAUCCCUGGUGUCCCGUUGUUUUACAUCAUCCUCAACACCAUUGUUUUGGACAAACCCAGUGAGGCCUCUCUUGAUUAUGUCCAAAAAGUCCAGCUGGGAGAGCUGGUGAGUCCGACCCAACAGGAGAGCAUCCGCAGUCUGAAGGAGGAGCAGGGUUUGGGGCCGAGAGACACAGAGAGGAGGCCAAGGAAGAGGAAACGAAAAGGCCCCAAUCCUCUGAGCUGUCUCAAAAAGAAGAAGAAAGCUGAACCCACACCACCAAAAAAGACUGAGGAUGGACAGAAGAAGAAAAGAAGUCGACAUAAAAGACGAAAAAGUAGUGGGGUUGUAACAGCUCCUGCAGCUCCCCAUCAAUGAAUAGAACAAUAUAAUAGGGCCACAAUAGGAAUGUGUUUAUUCCAUUUUUCAAAUAUGUUUAACUGCAGACUGAAGGAGUAGCAUAGUAUCUAAACCGAACCAUCAAUUAUUAAAGACAGAUUAAGUUUUAUAAUAUUGAGAAUGAAUGAUCAUAUAUAAUCUUUUCAUAGCAGAUGAGACUACAUGGCCCAUCACCUUUUGCUCCAUUUUAGUGCAGCCAACAUGAAGAAAUGUUUUGAAAUAUAACUUUGAUAGCAGAAAAGACUUGUAAAUGCAUUUAUUUUCUAUUUAAAGUUUAAACUGACUGGUGCCAUGUCUUCACUCAAUAUUUAUGUCAUGCCUUCAGUCAAUAUUGUCAUAAAUUUGCUGAGUAAAUAAUAGACCCUGGAGAGAUAAUAACAUCAUAUCUAAACUGAACUACCAAGUCAAGUCAGGUGUGGUUUCAUAAUAUUAUGAAUUACUUGCCUAUUCUGUACAUUUCACCACCCAUGAAAAUAAACAAAAAAUUGAAAGAUGUUU